GUACCAUUUGAUUCGCACACAUCGCAUCAAAAGUAAGUUUUAAGUGAGUAUUUGAGUACAUGUGUAUGUAUGUACGAGUGUCGAUGUGUCAGUGUGCAAUAAGACCUUCAAAAAUUCGAAAUGUGAUAAGCAGUUGCAGUUGCUUCGCAUGUACACACAUAACUCAUAGGAAUAACGAGUAUUAGUCUAAUCUUAAAGACGCUGUUGUCGAGAUCGGUUUCUAUUGAGCAGAAAUGUCAAUCGUUGGUACAGAAUUGGAUUUUAAGUCAAUAAUUUGGCUUUCUCUUCUACUAAUUACCAUUAUGGCGGUGAUCUUUGCCUAUUGGUAUUGGUGCAUAUGGCGGCCAAAUGAAGUCAUGCGCAAAGUCAUUCGAAAGUCAACAAUGCAAUGUGACGAAAACGACGGUGUUUACAACGAGUUGUUGUGCGAUUGAAGUUUCGUCGAAUUUAGUAAAUAUAAGAAUUUUAAAAUAGAUUUUAGAGUUUUGUAUGUAUGUGAUUGGCGUUAAACCGUUUAGCCGGUUAUAGCCGGAGUUUUAGAGUUUUAAGAUUUUACAUGAUUUUUCAUACGAAAACCAAGAGUUUGUUGCAACAAAACAUAUAUUAAAGGAGUUCGUUUUCUCAUAUAAUCAUCCAAGUGGUUGCUCUUUGUUGGGAAAGAGGUUUGUCAAAGAAGAAAAAUUAGUAACAGUAAUAUGGCAUUUUGAAGCGCAACAGGAAAUUUUGCGGUACGUUUUAUCAACAUUUCGUUCUUGCGCCGGCUAUCAGUAUUAACUUAUAAUUCAUAUAAUAAUUACAACAAAAUAUUUUGUGGUUUGUAUGUAUAAUAUGUAAACUGAAGUGAUGACCAGCGUCGUACAGGGACCGCUUGCAAAAACAAACCAAGCAAAUUAAAGUUUUGAUAAAUUAAUAUGUAUAAAUCACUAUUGCUCAUACAAUAUGUGUAUAUGCCAAAGCAUGUGAAAAGGAACUGUAUAAACGAUAUGAAACCCAACACAAAGCCUGAUAAGUAUGGCGCGUUACACAUAAAGCGCACGGAUUCAAGUGAAAGCACGAAUUUUGUCAUCAGUUUGGUUUUUGUUUUCGUGGAGUGCAGAGCUUUAACUUUUUUCACUAAAACUUCGAAAUAAUACACAAAAUGUUAGGAUUGUUUAAAUUUCGAAUUGCACUUACUUUGGUAAUCUUCUGCGCAUGGGUAACGGAAACACAGGCUCAAAUCACGUGUUCACCUUACGCGGUGAAUUUAUCGGAUGCGGUAUGCGAAUGCAUAUUUGGAUAUGAGUUCAAAGACGAAGCGCGCACGAUAUGUGGACCUGAAAACAUCGCCACUGACACAACAGACGCAACAACAGAAUUAGCAACAACAACAAUGGUCGUUAGCAGUGUAUCAAAUACAGUUACCGGUAAAACGACUAGCGCAGCUACUAUAAUUCCAGAAUCUACUGCAACUAUGAGUACAGCAGCUACUAUGAUCGCUAAUUCAACUGCUAAAACUGAUAAUACAACUUCAACUACAACUGCUAAAACAACUUCAAAUACAACUGAUAAUACAACUUCAAAUACAACUGCUAAAACAACUUCAAAUACAACUAAAGCAACAGACAAAUCUAAUCGGAACAACACGAGAAAUAAUGAUGAAAUUUAUCUAAUAAUUGGUGUACUUUUGAUGGUUGUAUUUCUAUUCUUGUUGCUUGGCAUUGUGCAUGUUGCUCGAAAGCAAUUCGUAAUACAAAAAAGCAAAGAUCACAAUACAAUUGUUAGCGAUAAUUAUACACAAUGUAAGUACAAGCAACAAAGAAACUUAAAUGUUUAAAUGACACGUUCAGCGCUACAAUGCGCACGUUGCAUUGAGUCACUUACAUUCUAUGCCAGUAGGAUGUAAAUGCAAAAUAAAAUUAUAUAUAAGUAUA